CUUCUUGUGAAAAUUAUUGAAUUAUAACAAAAUAUAAUAGUAAUAUAUUUAAAUAUGGAAUUGAUUAAAUUGAAGGAAAAUCAAGAAACUGAAAUAAGGAAAGGACACACCUACAUGCAAUGGAUCGUUGCAAUUAUAGCCAACUCUUCUCUCCUGACGUACGGUCUGCAAGCGGGCUGGAUCUCGCCGAUGACGCAGGUGCUGCAGUCGGCGGCGUCGCCGGCCGGGGCGCCGCUCUCGGACCGCGCCGUGGGGCUGGUGGCCAGUCUGCUGCCGCUCUGCGCCAUGGCGGUGGUGCCCGUCUACGCCUUCGUGGCGGACAGGCUCGGCAGGAAGGCUGGCAUUAUGUGCAUCACGGUGCCACAUGCAAUAUCCUGGUUACUCAAACUGUUCUGGCCGAGUCCGAGCACUCUCAUCAUAGCCAGGGUCUGCAGCGGCGUGGCAGCCGGCGGUUGCUUCAACGUCAUCCCGAUGUACACCAAGGAGAUCAGCCAGGAUCACAUCAGGGGUGUGCUAGGCUCCCUCCUGGUGCUGUUGUUCAACGUGGGGGCCUUGCUAAUGUUCGUGCUCGGCGCGUAUUGCGACUACUACACGGUGUUGUACGCGGUGACGGGAGUGCCGUUUCUUUCCUUCUUUUUGAUCAUGAUGUGCCCAGAAUCUCCUGGAUUUUUGGUCAAGAAGGGGAGGUAUGAUGAAGCUGUGAAGGUGAUAGCGAAACUCCGUGGAUUGAGUCCAAAUGAUAAGUCCGUGCAAAGUGAAGCUGACGCGAUGCGGAAGGAAGAGGAGUAUUACAAAAGUUUGCCCGCUCUGUCUCUCACGGUCAUAUUGAAAGACCGCGCCUGGCGCAAAGGCUACACGCUGGCGGCGCUGAUGAUGGCGGCGCAGACGUUGUGCGGCAACUUCGCGCUGCUGACGCACGGCGCCGGCAUCCUGGCGGGCUCCGGCGCGCAGGUGGACCCGGCGCUGCUCGCCAUCAGCCUUCCGGCCGUCAUGCUGCUCGGCUCCCUAGUCUCCAUCGCAGUCAUUGAGCGGAUUGGAAGAAGGACCAUCCUCGGCUCGUCAUUCUUGGUGUCGGCGUGCGCGCAGACGUGCCUGGCGACGGCGCUGCUGCUGCAGGCGCGCGGCGUCAGCGCGCCGGCGUGGCUGCCGCUGCUCGCCGUCGUCGCCACCAUGUUCGUCUACUCGUUCGGUGUGCUGCCCGUGCCCUACAUCAUUAUCACGGAGAUGUUUAAUAUUCAGAUCCGCGCGAAGCUGCUGAGCCUGAUAGUGGUGCAGGCGUGGCUGCUGACGUUCGUGCAGCUGGCGGCGUUCGGGCCGCUGGCCGCCGGGGGAGGGGGCGGGGGAGGGGGCCUGCACGCCGCCUCCGCCGCCGGGGGAGGGGGCGGGGGAGGGGGCCUGCACGCCGCCUUCUUCGCCUUCGCCGCCGUCAACCUGCUCGGCGCGCUGCUCAUGCUGGCCGUGCCCGAGACCAGGGCCCGGAGCCUCGACGAAAUAGAGACCGAACUUAGAAACUAA